AUGGCGGCAGAAUCACAGUCAUUAGCGGGCGUCAACGUCGUGCUUGGCGCCGGUGGUCGCACCGGUCUGGAGUGCGUCAAGCGCCUGGUAGCAGUCUCAGAUCUGCCGACCCGCGCCGUCCUGCGCGACCCCACCAAGCUUGCGGGCGUCCUCGAGCCCAACAGCAAGCUGCAGAUCGUCAAGGGCAACGUCACAGACGAGGCCAGUCUGAGAGAGGUCCUCAAAGACGCCCGAGGGGUCAUCUUUGCUGCCGCCGGCACGGGUUACUGGUCGGCCAGCGACGUCGACUUUAAGGGCGUUGAGAAGGUCGCGGCCGUGUCCAAGGAGUUGGGUGUCCGACGUGUUGUGUUGGUGUCGUCCAUGCUGGUCACCAGGAAGCACUGGUUGCACCCUAUUCGGCUCAUCCUCAACAAUAUUCGGUAUGGUCUCAUGGACAACAAGCUCCGCGGCGAGGACGCUCUUAGAUCCAGUGGUGUCGAGUACACCAUCAUCCGCCCUGGGGGGUUGGGUAACGGCCCCGGGGGCCAUGUCACCUUCGUGACGGGUCAAGGUGACGUCAUUGCGGGAGCAGGAUCCAUCAACCGCGCGGACGUGGCGAGCGUGUGUGUUUCGGCUCUCACCCACCCUGGAGCCGCCAACAUCACCCUCGAGCUCUUCAGCCGACCGGGGCUCCCGGAGGGGGGGUACGAGGCGGCGCUGGAGGCCGUGUGGAAGGGACUGAAGCCCGGGCUGCAUUAA